AAUGUGAAAAAUACCACAACUAUUGGAAAAAUUUCUCCUUCUCCGAUAUUUAUAUUCUGCCUUCACCAUCACUUUCUCCAUUAUCUGCACCAAGAUCAAUACCUCCACAAGCAUUAUCUCCACAAGUACCAUCUUCACAAAUAUUGUCUUCACAAUUACUAUCUUCACAAAUACUGUCUCCACAAGUACUAUCUCCACGAGUAGCGUCUCCACAAGCACUGUCUCCACGAGCACCGUCUCCACAAGCACAGUCUCCACAAGCACCGUCUCCACGAGCACCGUCUCCACAAGUACCAUCUCCACAAGCAGUUUUGUCUCCAUCAAGUAUAUGGUCUACAAGUGAUUUGGAAUCAGCGUUUAGCGGUGACAGUGCAUCUGGAUUCUCGAUUGAGGAUGAUAAUAAAGAAAAUUCGCCCAGUAGUCUUAAUGUAGAAGAAUAUUCUGCAUUAACAUCCAAGAAUAUACUGAAAACGAUGCAGAAGGUAUCCUCAUCAACAAAAAAAGUUUGUCCUGAGCCUGAUAAUUUUGCUAAACGAAGAAAGAAAAAUGAUGAUUUGCUUAUGCAAGCCAUGACCAAACAAUCAACAGCGCUGACUUCUUUUGCUACAAAAUUAGGUAACUCUUUGGUGAAGUCAAGUCCAUGUAGUUCUACUCUUUCCUCAGCAUCAUCUGAGAAUGAUCCAGUCUUGGCUGCUAUUGGAUAUGCUCUUAAGUCUGUACCUGAAGAAAAGCGUCUUGAGUGUAUGAUAGAGAUACUUCAAGUUAUAAAAUUAAAAUAUAUUCAGUAAUAGCAAAUUUUUAAGUACAUAACAUAAGCGUUUCUCAUUAAUAAUAUAUAAAAUCUU